UUGUUUAAUCUUACUUUCUUAGGAAAGUGUUGGUGGCAGAGGAGCAGCUGUUACUCUGGUUCUGCCUUCCUGUUGGUACUGAGGUGUUAGUUUGGGCGUGCAAAAGUCGGCCUGCGUUGAAGAAGUUAAGAUGUCUUGGCUACCAGUCCUUUCUCACAACUUGUGCACGGUGUUAAACGUUCCCCAUGACCCGGUGGCCUUGGAAGAGCACUUCAGGGAUGAUGAUGAAGGACCGGUUUCCAAUCAGGGUUACAUGCCAUAUUUAAACAAAUUCAUCUUGGAAAAGGUUCAAGGAAACUUCGACAAGGUUGAAUUCAACAGAAUGUGCUGGACUCUCUGUGCUAAAAAGAACCUCUCUAAGAGUCCUUUGCAGAUCAGUGAUGAAGAUGCAUUUAAAGUGUGGGUUAUUUUUAACUUCUUAUCAGAGGACAAAUAUCCAUUAAUCAUUGUACCUGAGGAGAUUGAAUACUUACUUAAGAAAAUCACUGAAGCAAUGGGAGCAGGCUGGCAGCAAGAGCAGUUUGACCACUAUAAGAUUGCUCUCAACACCAGCCGAGAAGGUCUUUCUGCAUGGGAGCUGAUUGAUCUCAUUGGAAGCGGGCAGUUCAGCAAAGGGAUGGACCGACAGACAGUGUCAAUGGCAAUUAAUGAAGUCUUCAAUGAGCUCAUAUUAGAUGUACUCAAACAGGGUUAUAUGUUGAAAAAAGGUCACAAAAGGAAAAAUUGGACAGAACGGUGGUUUGUACUAAAACCCAAUAUUAUUUCCUACUAUGUAAGUGAAGAUUUGAAGGACAAGAAGGGAGACAUCAUACUGGAUGGCAACUGUUGUGUAGAGGCGUUGCCUGACAAAGAUGGAAAGAAAUGCCUUUUUCUCAUAAAGUGUCUUGAUAAAAGCUUCGAGAUCAGUGCCUCUGAUAAAAAGAAGAAGCAGGAGUGGAUUCAAGCCAUACAGACCACUGUGAGCCUGCUGAGGGCAGGGAGUCCUCCGCCUCACAAAGAAGCACGCCAAAAACGGAAAGAAUUACGCCAGAAGCUGUUAGCGGAGCAAGAAGAGUUGGAGCGGCAGAUGAAAGAACUGCAAACAGCCAACGAGAACAAGCAGAAGGAACUAGAGACCGUGAGAAAGCAACUGGAAGCAGCAGCUGCACGUGCUGCAGAGGAGGAAAAGAAACGACUUCAGACUCAAGUUGAAUUACAAGAUCGCUUCAGUCUGGAGCUGGAGAGAGAAAAAAUGGUGAGACAAAAAAUGGAAGAGCAAGUUGCUCAGAAGUCAUCUGAACUGGAACAGUACUUACAGAGAGUACGUGAGCUGGAAGAAAUGUAUAAGCAGCUACAGGAAGCUUUGGAGGUCGAAAAACAGGCACGUCAAGACGAAGAAACUGUAAGGAAACUUCAAGCCAGAUUACUGGAAGAAGAGUCAGCAAAGAGAGCUGAACUGGAAAAAUGGCACUUGCAGCAGCAGCAGACCAUUCAGCUGACAGAAGCAGAGAAGCAAGAGCUAGAAAACCAGAGAAUGAUAAAGGAACAGGCUCUUCAAGUUGCUAUGCAGCAACUGGAACAGCUUGAACUGGAAAGGAAGGAGGCCCUUGAGCAAUAUGAGGAGGUUAAAAAGAAGUUGGAAACAGCAGCUAAUAACACCAAGAGUUGGAAAGAUAAAGUAGCUCAUCAUGAGGGAUUAAUUCGACUAAUAGAGCCAGGUUCCAAGAAUCCUCACUUGAUCACAAACUGGGGCCCGGCAGCUUUCACUGAAGCAGAACUGGAGCAAAGACAAAAGAGCUGGAAAGGGAAGAAAGCCACCUCUGAGUAACAAUGGUAGCUGACACACCAUUUGCGAAUAGAAGCCCACCUUUGUUCAUUCUGCUUUGCACAGAACAGCUCAUUAUUGCUCUUUUGAAGAUCUUAGUUUACCCAGCAGGGUGGGCCUUCCUAAAAAGGAAAUGCCAUUUACCGCAUAGGAGUGUCUCCUAAGAGCUCAGUAACUGUAAUGCGUGGUGUCUGGCAGUACUGGCUGUUUUCCCUCACGUUUUUAGAUACUUGGUUCUUUUAUACAAAACGUUUCAACUCAAGAUUUUUAAUCAAAUGUAGCCUGUGACAGUAUUGUUUCCAUACUAGCCUGUAACAAUCUGAUAGCAUCUAACCAUUCACGCAGCAUCAUUUUCCUUCCAAAAAGCAAGGGAAGCAAUUGUUAUAUUUGUUCAUUUGAGCCCAGGCUAAGUCAAUCCUGAAGGCUCUGUCCAACUCUGAGGCAGAGCAUUACCUUUCCUUCCUUUUAGUCUCCUUUCUCUCUGUGCCUGUUGCUCUUCACAUGGGGGGUUAGUGCUUAAUAUCUUCUUCCUUACCGAGAGUAGGCUGACAUCACCAGGUGCCUGUUGCUGCUGUUUCCUGGCUGGUCUGAUUUUUGUGUCCUUUGUUUGCAGGAAUCCAAACAAAAGAAUUGGAGAUAGGUAUGUUCAAAAUGCUGCUGUAAAACGGUUGGAAAAAGCAGUCAUGCAGGAUUGAGCUUGUUACUGCCUCGUACUUGAGAAGUGCUUAAAAAAAUAAGAACUUAGAAAACCAUAAUGCUUUUGUUCAUGGUUUAAAAGAUACAGUUUUGACUUAUAGAUUUCUGGAGUGGAUGAAUGGAACUUGAUGGUAUGUACAAGCCUUGAUGCAGAUGAUAUUUGGCCAUGUUUAUGCAAGAAAUUUUAUACAAUUACCAUUGCUGUAGAUGCAGCUCUCUGUUUUGUCUUAUUCUUUAUUGGAGGCCAGAUUCCAAAAACGUAAUGCAAGAGGAAGUCCUGCCUUGCAAAGAGCAGGUGCCCCCUGAAGUGGUUUGUUAAUUAGCUUUGACCUCUGUACAUACCCAAAACAUGGAAAACCAUCUUUUAGCACGUGGUUUUUAGUUACAGCUAAACGUUAUUUGUAGUAAAUAAAAAAUAACUGUUUCUAACGGAUAACCAGUGCAUUUUAUACACCAUUGUGAUACUCAGCUCUCAGUAGAGCAGAAGCUGUACAGAAACAAACUUCGGAUUUGGAAUUCCAUUGCAUUUUGUUUGCCUGUUAACUAAGACUCACUCAAAUACUGAAUCAUGGCAGUCAUUUAGUCUUUGGUUAUAUUUUUAUACUAAUUGAAAUCUGUAAUGUUUUGGUAAAUGGAGUACUGAUUAGAAUGGAAGGUAAACUGAGGCUCUUCCUACUUGUAUUUACUGUACAGGGCAGCAAUAGUUCCUUGAGCUUGCUAACAAGGCAUUUUUAAAAUUGAUUUUGUUUACAAUGAAAUGUGAAAAAUAAACUGUAAUGGAAAUACUAAUGUAUACAUUGAUAAACUUUGCUAAAGGAGGUGGAACAGUAUUUAUAACUACCCAACACCUUUUAUGUGGAAAGAAGAAGGUGCCUCGGGGCUAAAACUUUUUAAUUUUUCUAACAGUCUUUAUUUUGGACAAAUAUUUUUUAAAAAACACCAAAUGAUGCAUGUUUUCAUAUUUUUUACUGUUCUUUAGAAUUGGCUAUUUAAUAAAGUAAUACAAAGUCAUUUACA